CAAUUCGACAUCCAAUGAAAAUCGCCCACGAUCUACACUAGCGCUAAAUAAUAGGAGCGGCGGCGUGUGAAACGUCAGUUCUUCACAGAAAAUCGAAAGUAUAGGAUCAUCAUAGCUUGUGAAUUAUCGUGCGAGUAUUUUACGAAGUGCUAUAACGUGCCUGAGAAAUUCAUUUUUUGAAGAGAAACUUUUAUAUCUUUAUUUUAUAAUUAGGUAAUGCGAAAGAUGCGGUGGAGUUUGCUAGCGUUAGCGUGCGUGGUCGUGGCAGUUUGUGCCGACGACAAAAAGGAGAAGGAUAAGGACAUCGGCACCGUCAUCGGUAUCGACUUGGGAACCACAUACUCCUGUGUGGGUGUAUAUAAGAAUGGACGUGUUGAAAUCAUUGCCAAUGAUCAGGGUAACCGCAUCACACCAUCAUAUGUGGCUUUCACUGCUGAUGGGGAACGUCUCAUUGGUGAUGCUGCUAAGAACCAGCUGACCACAAAUCCUGAAAACACAGUUUUUGAUGCCAAACGUCUCAUCGGUCGUGAAUGGAGUGACUCUACUGUUCAGCAUGAUGUGAAGUUCUUCCCCUUCAAAGUUGUCGAAAAGAACAGCAAGCCUCAUGUCUCAGUUAUGACUUCCCAAGGAGAUAAGAUCUUUGCUCCUGAAGAAAUCUCUGCUAUGGUCUUGACAAAAAUGAAGGAAACCGCUGAAGCUUAUCUGGGCAAGAAAGUCACUCAUGCUGUUGUCACUGUUCCUGCCUACUUCAAUGAUGCUCAGAGACAGGCUACAAAGGAUGCUGGUGUAAUUGCUGGUCUUAAUGUAAUGAGAAUCAUCAAUGAGCCUACAGCAGCUGCUAUUGCUUAUGGUCUGGACAAGAAAGAGGGUGAAAAGAAUGUCCUUGUAUUUGACUUGGGUGGUGGUACUUUUGAUGUGUCUCUGCUCACUAUUGACAAUGGUGUCUUUGAAGUAGUAGCCACCAAUGGUGACACUCAUUUGGGUGGUGAAGACUUUGACCAGAGGGUUAUGGAGCACUUCAUCAAGUUGUACAAGAAGAAGAAGGGCAAGGACAUCAGGAAAGACAACCGUGCUGUGCAGAAGCUUCGUCGUGAGGUUGAAAAAGCUAAGAGAGCUCUGUCCUCUAGUCAUCAAGUCAAGAUUGAAAUUGAAUCAUUCUUCGAAGGUGAAGAUUUCUCAGAGACCCUUACCAGAGCCAAGUUUGAAGAAUUGAACAUGGACCUCUUCAGAUCUACUCUAAAACCUGUCCAGAAAGUACUUGAGGAUGCUGAUAUGAACAAGAAGGAUGUAGAUGAGAUUGUAUUGGUAGGUGGCUCCACUCGUAUCCCUAAGGUUCAGCAAUUGGUUAAAGAAUUUUUCAAUGGCAAAGAACCAUCCCGAGGUAUCAACCCUGAUGAGGCUGUUGCUUAUGGUGCAGCCGUACAAGCUGGAGUACUCAGUGGUGAGCAGGAUACAGAUGCCAUUGUACUUCUUGAUGUCAACCCUCUCACCAUGGGUAUUGAAACCGUCGGAGGUGUCAUGACCAAACUGAUCCCACGUAACACAGUCAUUCCUACCAAGAAAUCUCAAAUAUUCUCUACUGCCAGUGAUAACCAACACACUGUUACUAUCCAAGUAUAUGAAGGUGAGCGUCCAAUGACUAAGGAUAACCACUUACUUGGCAAAUUUGACCUUACUGGUAUCCCACCAGCACCAAGAGGUAUCCCUCAGAUUGAAGUCACAUUUGAAAUUGAUGCCAAUGGUAUAUUGCAAGUAUCUGCUGAAGACAAGGGAACUGGCAACCGAGAGAAGAUUGUCAUCACUAAUGAUCAGAACAGACUAACACCUGAAGAUAUCGAGAGGAUGAUAAAGGACGCGGAGAAGUUCGCCGACGAUGAUAAGAAGUUGAAGGAGCGUGUUGAAUCCAGGAACGAGCUGGAAAGCUAUGCAUACUCGAUCAAGAACCAGCUACAAGACAAAGAAAAACUUGGUGCUAAGGUCAGUGAUGACGAUAAGGCAAAGAUGGAGGAAGCGAUAGACGCCGCGAUCAAAUGGCUCGAGGACAAUCAAGAUACUGAUGCAGAAGAAUACAAGAAACAGAAGAAGUCACUCGAGGAUGUUGUACAACCGAUCAUCGCUAAGCUAUAUCAAGGCCAGGGAGGUGUACCGCCCCCGGGCGCGGGAGGAGACGACGAAGAUUUCAAGGACGAGUUGUAACCAAACAGACUGUAAAGACCAUGUGAUUGUAUCCAAUGUGAUCUCUGGUCACUGCAGAAUGUGCACACAGUGAGACUGUUAUUAUUAUUAUGUGCACAUCCUGUAACUUAACACGAUUAUGGAGUGUUUAACUCGUGUUGUGUAUAUUUAUUGUGUGAACUGAAUUAUGAAUGGGUCGCGUGCGGCGAUCCUAGCAGUAUCGAGAUCUGAUCGAGUAUCUGCCGUCGCGCGCGUAUUUGCAUGUGCGAGCGUGUUGGUGAAUUAUUGUAUAAAAUGAUGCAUUUUUAUUUUAGUAAAGCAAUAGUUUCGAGUGCGAAUUGUGAGGACACAUUUCCGUGACUGUUUGUGAUCGAUUCAUUAGUCUUCCUCAUGUUUUGUGUUAAAGCAAUGAAUCGAUAUAGUCUCUAUUCACUCUGGAGGCUACCUCAGUGUUCUAUUUUAAUGUAUGUAUGUAAUGAGACUGCAGAAUUGUUAGUUUAUAAUUAGUUAAAUAAUAAUUAUGUAGUAAAUUAAUUAUUUCAAUGAAGUACGGAGGAGUACAUAAUAAAAAACAAUUUUCUAUGAAUAGUGUUUAUUUUUUUCGUUCACUACCUACCUAUCUCUUUCAUA